AUGACUACACACACCUGGCGAGUGUGGGCCAUCUACAUGGUCUUAGCUGCAAACUUCUCCACAGAGCAAGCGCUGAAGCAGGCUUGUCCUUCAUGCGAUGCCACUCAGCUUUGCAACUGCUCUUCCAUGGAUUUGGACUUCAUUCCCCCAGGGCUCACGGCCAAAAUCACAGUGUUAAACCUGGCCCACAACAGGAUAAAGCACAUCCGAUCCCAGGACCUGCAGCAGGCUGUGAGCCUGAGAGCCCUGCUGCUGCAGUCCAACAAAAUCAGCUCAAUAGAUGAGGACUCGUUUCGCUCCCUUGGGAAACUGGAGCGCUUGGACUUAUCAAAUAACAACUUGGCUCACUUGUCCCCCGUGUGGUUUGGGCACCUCUUUUCGCUCCAGCACCUUCACCUUCAAGGGAACUCCUACAGAGACCUGGGGGAAAGCUCCCCCUUUUCUAACCUGCGGAACCUGAGCUCUCUCCACCUGGGCAACCCACAGUUCUCCACGAUAAGGCAAGGGAACUUUGAGGGCAUUGAGCUUCUGGACAAGUUGUGGAUUGACGGUGGCAAUCUCAGUCAGUACGAGCCAGGAAGUUUGAAAUCGAUUAAGAAGAUAAAUCAUAUGAUCAUAAACCUAAGAAGUACUAAUGUAUUCUCAGCAAUUGUCAGGGACCUUCUGCACUCUGUCACUUGGUUAGAAGUGCGAAAAAUAGCAUUCAGUAUACCUGCUGAAAUGCAACUAUUGAGAGUCAUGUCGUCUUCUUUUGCAAAGAAAAUUUCUUUUAAACAGACCUUAUUAACAGAUGCUACUGUGCCUGAGAUUGUCAGCAUUUUAGAAGACAUGCCAAAAUUAGUGGAGGUGGAUAUGAUAGACUGUAGACUCUUGGGAACUGGACGAUGGGCAAUACAAAUUCAAGCAAACCAAUCACAGACUCUUAGAGUUCUGACAAUAGAGAAAUUAUCUAUAGAAGAAUUUUAUUUGUUUACAGAUCUUCAGGCUGUGGAAGGUCUACUAUCUCUUCUUACCAAAGUCACAGUUGAUAACACCAAGGUCUUUUUGGUACCAUGCAGACUUUCACAACGUCUUCUGUCAUUAGAGUAUCUUGACCUUAGUGCGAAUUUGCUUGGAGACUUCAGUUUGGAGCAUUCGGCCUGUCAGGGUGGUUGGCCCUCACUACAAACUCUAAAUUUAAGUCAGAAUUCACUGAGUGACUUAGAAAUGACGGGUAAAAGUUUGUCUCAUCUAAGAAACCUAAUUCUCUUAGACAUUAGCCAGAAUAACUUUGGUGAGAUUCCAGAUGUGUGCGAAUGGCCAAAAAACCUUAAAUAUUUAAACCUCUCCAGCACUCAAAUUCCUAAACUAACAACUUGCAUCCCUCCGACGCUGGAAGUUUUGGACGUUAGCGCUAACAACCUGCAGGAGUUUGGACUGCAACUCCCAUUUCUCAAAGAGCUGUACCUUGCAAAAAACCAGCUGAAGACCUUGCCUGAUGCCGCACACAUUCCUAACUUAGUGGCCAUGUCAGUCAGAAGAAACAAGCUCAACAGUUUCUCCAGGGAAGUGUUUGAGUCCUUCAAGAAAAUGGAGCUGCUGGAUGCCAGUGACAACAACUUCAUCUGCUCCUGUGAAUUCCUCUCCUUCAUCCACCACCAGGCCGGGAUAGCCCAGGUGCUGGUGGGGUGGCCAGACAAGUAUGUCUGUGACUCUCCCCUGGCAGUGAGAGGGGUGCAGGUUGGAGCUGUGCACCUCUCCCUAAUGGAGUGCCACAAGUUCCUCGUGGUGUCGUUGAUCUGCGCCCUGGUGUUCCUGGUCAUCCUCAUCCUCGUGGCCGUCGGCUACAAGUACCACGCGGUCUGGUACCUGAGAAUGACCUGGGCAUGGCUCCAAGCCAAGCGGAAGCCCAAGCGAGCCCCUCCGAAGGACAUCUGCUAUGACGCUUUUGUCUCCUACAGCGAGAACGACUCCGACUGGGUGGAAAACAUAAUGGUGCGGGAGCUGGAGCAGGCCUGCCCCCCCUUUCGGCUCUGCCUCCAUAAGCGGGACUUUGUGCCUGGGAAGUGGAUCGUGGACAACAUCAUCGACUCCAUAGAGAAGAGCCACAAAACGCUCUUUGUGCUGUCCGAGCACUUUGUGCAGAGCGAGUGGUGCAAAUACGAGCUGGACUUCUCGCACUUCCGCCUCUUCGACGAGAACAACGAUGCAGCGAUUCUCGUCCUCCUGGAGCCCAUCCAGAGCAAAGCGAUUCCCAUCCCAAGAGGCAAGCUGCGGAAGAUCAUGAACACAAAGACCUACCUGGAGUGGCCUCUUGAAGAAGAGCAACAGCAGAUGUUUUGGUUUAAUUUGAAAAUAGCUCUAAAAUCCUAG